GCUGCGAGCUUGGGGGAAAGCAUAGGGAUGGGAGCUCUUACCUGACAGUGAACUAGGCAGCAGAGCCAUGCCUCUGUAGACCACCGGAACGGAGGGCAAAGAUUCGUCACCCACAGCAGCCUAAUUAUAGCUUUGAUCAACCCCCCCCAUCACUGACCUUCCCUGCACCCUUUGCCCUCCGCGGGAGUAAAGAACCACCACUCACCCCCCACCGGAACCCGUCUCAGAUCUUCUUCCCAAUCACUUCCUGAGAAAAUGAACCACAGAAUGAGCUAAUUCAGCAUGGCGGCUACAAGUUCUGUGUGAAACUAUUUCAGUUCGUGUUGGAAGAUGGAUGGCCCAGAGAGAGAUUUCAACCUUAAGGUUGUCCUGAUCAGCUUCAAGAAGUGUCUCACUGACAAGGGAGAGGUGCUGCUGGACCACUAUACUGCCAGCUGGAAGGGGCUUGUCAGGUUUCUGAACAGCCUAGGGGCUGUCUUUUCAUUCAUCUCCAAGGAUGUGGUCUCAAAGCUUCAGAUUAUGGAGCAUCUGAGAAGUGGCCCACAGUCUGAACACUACAUUAGCUUGCAAUCCAUGGUAGCCUACGAGGUGAGCAACAAGCUGGUGGACAGAGACAGCCGCUCACGUCCCCGACACCCUAACUCAGGCUGCCGGACUGUGCUGCGCCUACACCGUGCUCUGCAUUGGCUACAGCUGUUCCUGGAAGGCCUGCGCACCAGCUCUGAGGAUGCUCGUACCUCCACCCUCUGCAGUGAGGCCUACAAUGCCACACUGGCUGCCUAUCACUCCUGGAUAGUACGUCAAGCUGUCAAUGUGGCCUUCCAUGCCUUGCCCCCACGCAAGGUCUUCCUUGAGGCCAUGAAUAUGGGGUCCUCUGAGCAAGCAGUGGAGAUGCUGGGAGAGGCCCUGCCCUUCAUUGAGCAAGUGUAUGACAUCUCCCAGAAGCUCUAUGCUGAACAUUCCCUGCUAGACCUGCCCUAGUAGUGGUAACCAUACUGUGUGGACUUCCCCUGCUCAGAACUGGGUUUGGGCAAUCUAGGGCUACUCCCACAGCAGGGCUUUCUGGAAACUACUGUCACCCCUGUAAGCUGAACUGGUGGAAAGCCAGUCUGUGAAAAGAAAGGUCGUGGGCAGCUGAACCAAGAAAGGUGAAUGCUAGUCAUCCUCUUGGUUCAGGAUGAGACAGUUGAACUCCAGUUUUGCCCUCCACUUCAGUCAUGUGUUCAGUCAGGCUUGAUUGAAGUGCAGAUGGAAAAUGGAGAAGUGGGGGGCGGUGUCAUGUAUCUGCAACAACCCAAGGUUGCUCUACCUCUCCUGUAUAGAAUCUGAAAUGGUAUAAGGACCCAGGACCCAGGAGCUGUCUUCCCUACAGCCAACAUGCCCAGCCAAUGUGUAUCCUACAUGUCUGGGGCCCCUUCAUAUUCCAAAAGCUGUAACAUGGGUAACAUGAAGUUCCUCUGGCAGUGGCAUGAGUCCCUGCCCUUCACCUGCUUCCUUGUUAGUCUCUCUGCAUACCAAACAGGCCCUUGCCUCCUUGGAAAUGGAAACUGUAUGAAACCAAUAGCUGAGGCUUCUCUAAGAAAGCCUGCCCUGGUCAGUGCAGCCUGUUCCACAGCUUCUCCAGUAUAGUACCGUCAGCCUUCUGAAGGUGGCUUCUUACAACACAUGUACCCCCAGGAUUCUAAGAUGUCAAUACUAACUGGCCAAACCAUACCUCUCUCUAGCCAGCCCUGCUGCUCCUGUUGCCAUAAUACGCAGAUGACUUAGGACAUGACUUGUGGGAGGAGACUAGGCCCCUUUGUCUGACAGAUGGCCAUACCUAGCAUGGCUAAUACCCAGUGUAUAAGACCAUAAGCUUUCCCACUGGGUCUUAAUGUUAAACCCGAGGACAAUGCCCUCAGCGUAGCUGAUGUGUGCAAAUGCAAACUUUGGGGGGCACAUCUCUUUCCUUAAGAAUUGUGAUCUAUGUAUUUCCAACAUAAAUAAAUUACACCUACAUGA